AUGGCCUCUGGAAGUAGCAGGCGCAAAACCCAGCGCACAUACCUGGACUUGAAAGGAAUCCAAAAGAACCAGGUGAUGUGGUUGGUGAAGGUCCCUAAGUACUUAUCACAACUGUGGUCCAAAGCUUCCAGAAGAGCCGAAGUAGGGAGGCUGAAGAUUGACAAGAACCAAAGAAAACCCAAGGUAUUGUUUACUUUACAUGAGGAACUUACAAAUAUCCCAGGGAGUGACGGACAACCCAGUGAAGUCAGUGCACCUCGAGAGCAUCAGCUCUUCCUGCAGGGGGUCAGAGGGCAGGUUCUGGCCGUGCUCACAGAAGAUGAUACCCGCAAGUGCUCCUUGGAGGGAACAGUGGUCCAUCGGGUGGAAUGCCGAACAGCUGCAAGUGACAACAACUACUUGAGAUUGAAGAAAAUACAGAUUCAGGAGGCCUGCAGGCCUACCAGAAUCACGCAGAAACUGGAUAAGGUGGUCACCACUAAUUAUAGGCCUGUUGCUGACCAUCAGCACAAUAUUGCCUAUGAGAAGAGAAAGAAAGAAAGGGGAAGGAGAGCACGGGCUGAUAAAGAUGAUGUUUUGGCCAUGCUCUUCGCAGCCUUUGAGAAACACCAGUAUUAUAACAUCAAGGACUUGGUUGACUUGACUAUGCAGCCUGUGGCUUACCUGAAAGAAAUCUUGACUGAAAUUGGUUUCCGAAAUGUGAAGGGGCCACACAAAAGCCUGUGGGAGCUAAAGCCGGAGUACAGGCAUUAUCCGACUGGCAGCUAA